UAAAAGUCGAGUACGGAGCACGUAACAACAUUAAGGCGGGAAACUCAAACUCUUUCACCAAAAAAGAAAAGGGAACGAAUGGAAGUGGAGGAGCCAUGGGAAGCCCUUGACACUGACGACAUCGACCUCUCAACCUCCUCCUCCACCUCUCUCCUCCGUCGCUGCACCACUCAACCUUCCCUCUCUCUCCUCCCACCGGAACCACCGCAACAACCGCCGCCGCCAUCACCCACCACUCACCGCCUCAUUCCUGGUCCUGCCGCCGCCAUCCAAGCCGCUAUGCACCGAACCAAUCGAUUCGAUUCGACUACUAAUCGAAAUCAGUCCCUUGAGAUUUCCACUCAGGAGUACAUUCGUAGGGUUCAACAAGAUUCUGGGGAAGAAUUUUCGCGUAAUCCUUGGCUUUUUGCCCUAGAUGUUCUUCGCACUCAUGGUGUGGUUGAUAUUACCCCUUUGAGUGCUAUCAAAAACUGUGUGAAUGCUGAUAGAUUUGAUAAGGUUGUUGCAAUUGUGAAAUCUUGUGCUCCAAAUGGUCUUGGUGAUAUGAUGAUUACCCUUAAGGAUCCAACUGGAACAAUUAGUGCUAGUGUUCAUGGGAAAGUCCUCAGCAUAGGGGAGUUUGGGAGAUUGAUUACUGUUGGCUCAGUUUUGAUACUCCAGAAGGUUGUUGCCUUUUCCUCUUCAUGCACAUCUUGCUACCUAAAUAUUACAAGAAGCAAUAUUGCUAAGGUGGUUUCUGUAGAUUGUGAAGUCCAUGAUUUUACUGAAGUAUACGGCAGAAACUUAGUGAUACCGGAAAAGAAUUCAACCCUGGUAUCUAAAAGAACUGGAAUAGUUGUCGGAGAUGUGCAGCGGAAAGGAAAAUCAGUAAUUGUAGAGCUUACUGAAACGGAGAACUGUACGCAGCCUAGCAACCUCUGUGGCGACAGACAGGUUGAAAAUGCAGCUGAUAGAAUUUUCAAGGAGCCCAUUCGUGCUGAUUCAGUUGAUAAUGUCCAUAGUGCUAUGGGGUGUUACAGUCAAAGGCAGGGAGGAAAUUCAUGCAGAACCGGCCAACCAGGUUCUGGCUCAUUGGAAGGCAUAGAUAAGAACCUCCAGGACCUUGACAAUAAUGAAAAUUGCAGGCAGGUUAGGGAAUUGAGUUCUGCUCCUUGCAUGAUUGGGAACUUGGGUGAUCAGAAUGGGCAGGCAAAUGUUGCUCAAGACAAAAGGCUGCUGCGAGGAAGUAACUGUAACAUGAGCUCAACUGAGAAACCCAGCACUGUUGUGCAUGCUCCUCUUGUCACAAGUUCAAGGCUGCCUAAUAAUGUUGAUGAUCUUGACGUAUGUGAUGUUAAUAGUGUUCAUAAGCAACAACAGCUCAGGGGUAUCAGCUCUGCUCCAGGCAUGGUUGAGAACCAAGCCAAGAGAAACAUGUCUGAAAUAAUUGGUGGUCUAAAGUCAAUGCAGCAGACAGAAACUGGGGCUAAUUCAAUAGUGGUUGAGAAACAAGAUGAUCAAGAGCCUAUAGGAUCAAAUGGGGUAAAGAAGCAAAGGGUGGCAUUGAUAUCUAGAGCUGCAGUCCAGGAAUGGACGGAUGAACAGCUAUGUAUACUUGACAUGGAUGAUGACUGAAUAUGUUCUGUCAUUUUCUGGUACGAUAACAAUUUGAUGAUCCCACAGGAGCUCUGAGGAGUGACAGCUUGUCUAUGAAGUAUGGACUUUCCUAGAACUUGAAUCACCUGUACAUGAUUUUUAGUUUGUGUUCAUGUAUAGAAAGCAGGCUUUUCUUAGAACUUAUAUGAGAUCUGAGCUUUUUUAGUUAGGAUUUGUACAGUUCAAGUGUGAGUUUAUCACUUAGUCUACAACUGGUUUCUACUAAUACCACUUUUUGCACUAGUUGGACUGCAUUAAUACUUUCAGAAUACUUUUCAAAGCACAUUCCACAUUAUUUUAUUGGUUUCAAACAAUGGGGACUAUGAGGAAAGUUAUAGCAGAUCUGCGGCGCACAUGUUACCCGGCUUAAAGCUGCAGGCGAUUUGUGUUGCUGGUCAGAAAUGAUGUCUGCCUUACUCAUCUGAGUUCCACACUGCACAUCUUACAUUAGCUUUGCACUCUGUUGUGGAAUCCAUGUUAUUAGCCUUUGUUGCCCAGGUUUUUGUAGUCAUGUAGAAUGGGAUGCAUCUUUGGACCAACGGAUUUAAUAGAUCCAGGUCAAGAGCUGUCGGAAAAUUUGCCCAAUGGAAUUCGUGUUCUGUGGUAUCAAAAAGGUACAGUAAAUGUUAACUGCAGAAUACUUGUCAACUUGAUGUUGAUUAGUACCCAUGUUUUAAAAUUUUAUAAUUUUGUCUCUGUGCUGAGAGGCCUGUUUAUUUAUUUCAUCAUUUUGUUUUCUGAUAUGGUUAAUAACAUUGGCUAUUGAUAGAUCCAUUCAUUAUAACAAGUGCACCAUGUAUUUGAGACUGUCAUCUGGAAUGGGGCACAUGGUUCAUCUGGUUGACUGGCUAAAGAGACGUCCAGUUCUCUCAGAACCACACUUCAGUGCUUCAGAUAAUAAUUGGGGACUAAAUCAAAUGAAGAAAAUAAUGGAAGACGAGGCUCCAAUAAAGACUCCAAAAAAAAAAAAAAGGCUCCAAUAAAGACAAAUUUUGCACUUCAUUACUUACAAUCUGGCCAUUCCAAGUAAACUAUGGACUAUGGAGUACUCCUUUUUUAAUUUUUGAGUGGCUUUCAUGAAAAAGAAAACAAAAAUUAUAACACACAUACUAUAACCAAAAAAUAAAUAAAUAAAAAAAAUAAAAUCAAAAAGUUAGUUCGGGUUGUGUUCAAUAUAGGUUUACUAGAUUAGGUCCUGUUUUGGGUGUUUUUGUCUCUUGGGAGAGUUACAACACGAAGAC